CCUGGCAGCCCUGCUGAGCAGACCUCUAACUUGUGGCUGCAGAUGUGCAGCAGAGGAUUAACCGAGCAAUCGGAGACUGAUGGGAAUCGCAGAGCGUCAUGAAAGAGGUUGACUCUGUGGGGGCAGACAAAGACGAUCAAUGGGUCGGUGAGGGUAAUGAAGAGGACGCUGCAAUGAGGCGAAGUUUCUCCGUGGAAGAUCUCCUCGACGAGGUGGAGAAGAUCUGUUACGAUGCGCCUGGGACUUCAAAGGUGGAGAUGGUGGUGAGGCUCUGGAAGGACGGCUUCACAGUCAACGACGGGGACUUUCGCAGCUACUCCGUACCAGAGAAUCAAGACUUCCUGGAUGCUAUAAAGAGGGGGGAGCUUCCCACGGAGUGGGAGAGCAGGGCGGAGGAGGAGGAGCUGGAGAUCAGCGUGGAGGACCUCACCGAGGAGAACUACGUGCCCAGGAAGAAGGCCUUUCACCCAUUCAGCGGCCGAGGCUAUCGGCUGGGCAGCGUGGCUCCCAGAGUAGUGGCCAGGUCACCAUCUGUGCACGAGGACGGAGAAUCUCCUCCGAUUCCCAUGGUAACACUAGACCACGCCCUGCCCGUCACCUCGCUGCAGAUCUGGUUGGCCGACGGCAGGAGACUGGUGCAGAGGUUUAACCUAUCCCAUCGGAUCACCGACGUUCAAGAUUUCGUGGCGCGCUGCCAGCGGAGCUGCCCGCCGUUCGUCCUGACCACGUCGCUCCCCGUCAGGGAGCUCACCGACCGGGAGUUGAGUCUGGAGGAGGCGGAUCUGGCCAACGCGGUCAUCGUUCAGAGACCCCUGAGCACACAGGCACCUUUUGGACACUCCUGACCAAACAGGGCUGCAUGAUUAUCCCAGCACGCCACGUCCACCCCCCCACACCCAUACACACACCCACACACACACACACACACAAACACACACACACCCUCACUCACUGCCUUUUAUGAUAACGUCUCAAGAUUUCGGUCUUUGUUUUGCAGUUCAUACAGCAGUGGAUGGUUAUUUCCUUUAACAGUCUGUGUGUGGGAUGUGAUAUUGGGCCUCAUGCAGGAAGCAAACCAUGAUGUUCUCUUAUUUUCUCUCCUGUCCAGAAUUUGUUUUUCAUCGCAGCCCUUUUUUUUUUUUUUUUUUAGCAGAAAUGUUCCACAACAGCGCUGUAAUGAGUUUUCUGUCCAUCCAGUGUGUGCAAACUGCCUCCUGUGACAGAGCAGCUGAGGAGUGUGUGUGUGUGCAUGCGUGUGCGUGCGUGUGUGUGGUUUUAGGCUCCCUGCUCGCACACAGACAUCUUACCUGCGUUGUGCCUUUUUGCAUCAGCACACAUUGAACAAAUCUAUCUGCCUCACUGCCAUUUCACACAAAUGGUGGCGCAUAAUAAAGGCACAGCAGUCCCCAAAAACCCUCCAUUUUUUUUUCUAAAUUUCAUCACUGUUCUUCUGGUUUUCGCAUCUGUUAUGUAAGAACAUCUAAAGAGUGGUGCUGAGCGCUCGGAUAAAUCUGUUUUCACUGCCCAGGAAGGAUUGUCAGAUGCACAAAACAUUAACCUUGAGUUUUUAGUAGCAUGUUACGAUGCAUGAAUAAUAAGAAUAGGAAUUUCAUAUCAUUUGAAUUUUAAUGUUAGUGGGCUUAACUCGUACUAUUAGUCCACUUAUACCUUUGGAUGGCAUCGCUUAUUUUGAGCUUUAAUUUUUUCUGGAUUUGGAAAUCCAGGCAUGCCACGGUAAAUGUGCAUUUGUUUUUUUUUUUCAGGUCUCUCUGAUUUAGCUGAACACGUCAGUUAUUCUGUGUCGAAUGUUAACACCAGCACUGACGCUCCAGAAGUCGGGUCUACUUAAAUAAUUAAGACCCGAGGCGACGUCUUAGUUUGUUCCUUUAUAAUAGUUAACAGCGUUUGUGUGUCUGCGGUGACAUUUCUAAAUGUUCCGCUCAUGUUUCAGUAUAAGAAACAUUGCAUUUACUUAAAGAGGGGCCUUUAAAAUCACAUCAAGUAGAAGAUAUUUAAAUCCCAAUUAGCCUGAGAUGAUAAUAUGCAUGCAAUAGGAAAAAAAUAUCUGAUAAACACUUUUAUUCGUCACAUCCCUCCAUCUGCAUGCUUGUGGAUGUUUCCUUCCACUACAACAGAAAAUUAGUAGAUAUUUAAGUGAAUGCUGCAGCACGAAGAACAUUCUCACUUUCUUAGGAUGCUGCUGAUGAGCUGUUUGUCCAUAUUUACUCUGUCUUCUCCCUCUGGAGCGCUGUGUUUACCUGCCAGCAGAGCUCCC